AUGGCCGAUCCAGUUGCGAUCUACACUCUCGGCAUAAUCACAAACAAUCUCAGGAAGGUAAGCAGCCAAGGUGUGGACGCGAACACCCAGCUGAAUGCGUUCUGGUCGCCAUUCCUCUUGUUACAUUUAGGAGGCCCCGACACCAUCACAGCCUAUGCCUUAGAAGACAAUCAACUCUGGUUGAGGCAAUUGUUUCACCUAGCCACCCAAGCAGGAGUAACGUUUUAUAUCUUUCUGAUGGCGGGGACCAGCCCAAAUUUAUCCAUCCUCACCAUGGUGAUGAUACUAGCCGGGCUCAUCAAGUAUGGCGAAAGGGUUUAUGUGCUCUGGACCGCCAGCAGUCAGCCGUUCAGGAACUCCAUCCCUGACCCGCCUCCUAAUUAUAGCAAGAUAAUGGAGCUACAAGAACUGACGGAGGCUGAGGGCUACACUGUCAUACCGCUCGAAGUGAUCGAGGUCUACGAAGUGGAGAACAGUGUGGAUGUUCCACAAGGAGAAUUGCUUGCGGCCAAACGCUUGAUCAACAUAUUCCAACGCCUUUUCGCAGAUCUCCCGUUGAGUAAAGAUGAUAGCCGCAUAAGUCAGUCGGUGCUUGAAAAUAAGAAUGCCCUCUCCGCCUUCAAGAUCAUCGAGAUUGAAUUGGGAUUUGUGUACGAUUUGCUCUACACGAAGGCCAUGGCAAUUUAUACUAAUUGGGGCUUCGCUCGUCACAUAGUCGGAUUGUUUUUGACCUGUAUUGUACUGGUACUCUUCAUCCUGAUCGUGGAUCAGCAAUCCUCAAGAGCUGAUUAUUGUAUGAGCUUUAUACUGCUAGCAGUGGCCAUAUUCCUGGAGAUUUAUGCUUUGACUGAUCUUCUUUUCUCCGAUAGAACGGCUUGUUGGUUGAUUAAGAAAAAGAAUUUCGCCAUCUUGGAUCUCAUCAAUUGGUUGCAACCACUGACUGAACGGCGCCGAUGGUCGGAUCACAUGGCUCAAUUCAGCGUAUUGAGAUUUGCUUUUAAAGAGAAGCACUAUCCUUGCCAUCGACUCCUCAAAUUUCUGCAAAUUGACGAGAUGGUCAAGAAGCCCCUUUACAUACAUCACGAGAAAGUGACCGAUGAUAUAAAGAACUUUAUCGUGUCAUGUAUCAGAGAAAUGCAAUCCCAGUCUACCGCCCCAGGGUCCCCGGUGGUCUGCUUGUCAGCAUGCGUUGAGCAUUUGCAAUGGACCACGGAGUUCGAGUUCGACCAAAUUAUCCUCAUCUGGCAUAUUGCAACUGAAUUGUUUUUUGGUGUGGAAGGCAAGCAAGAGUUUCCUCAGCAAGCUGAGCCCGGUAAGUACUUGUCUCGAUACAUGUUGUAUAUCCUUGUCAUGCACCCCGAGAUGCUGCCAGCGGGGAUUGGACGCAUCAAAUUUCAAGAAACCUAUAUCGAGGCCCUGAAAUUUUUCGAUGGCGAGAAGAGGGAAGACUCGGAAGAGCGCAAACUCGGCAUCACUCAGGCCUACGAACAGCUGCAGGGGCUGGUGAAUACGGAGCUGAAUUUGAUGGUCCCAAAAAGAGAAAAAAGCAAGUACGUGCUGUUCCACGGGUGUCGUCUUGCUUCGCAGCUGCGCAGCGAGAUCCCCGAUGGAACGCUGCCGAAGGACGUAGUAAGUAAGAUGUGGGUUAAGAUAUUGUGUGUUGCAGCGAUUAAGUGUAAAGCGAAUUAUCAUGCAGAGCAACUGAGGAGAGGAGGGGAGCUUCUGACUCAUGUCUGGUUCAUGAUGGCCCAUUUUGGCUUGACUGAUCACUUCCAGAUUCCACUUGCCCCUGCUGUAGCUGAGCUGAUCGUGCGCUGA